UAAAAAUAGAACGUAUUUAUACAUUUUUGGGAGCAAAUGAGUUAAUAGUACUGGUUAGCUUGUUGCUUGUUGUAGUAUUUGUUGGCCAAUACUGCUCAUUUGUGACUCAAAUUAGUGCAUUUACAGUUAGCAACGGUACUGGAUGCUGUAUAUUGACUGUAUUAAGUACAGUAUGUGUUAAACUGAAACAUAUUCAUUCAUGACUAAUGUUUUAUUGUUCCAUAAUGCUAGUUGGACAAAAAAAAAACUAACAGGGAAUGCAGUGUAGAGUUAGAAUUAUGUUUUAUUAAUUUAGAUUUUUUUAAACUAAGGUUAAUAUGUAUACAAAAGACCGGAAGGUUUUUCCUCUCCAUGUAUUUUUAAUGCAAAGCUUCACAUAAGCCAAGCAGUCGUCCGUGUAUUGGUCACCUGGACUAUCUUUAGCUCAUGCUGGCAAGUGAAUGGAAGUGCCGUACUUAUCUUCCCUGCUGUCAUCGAGGCUGCCAGUAUUUUUAGGGGACAGGAGCAGCUGCAAAAGCAUUUAACAGUAUUCCACGAACAAUGACACUUGGGGUGUCUGUGGGCUGAACGCCGCAGAGAUCGGGGGGGAUCGUUGCGAAACCUAGACCACCAAGGAGCCUGAAGUUGGGCUUGAACCAAAUAGAAAGCUUCCAACAUGCACUGGAAUAGAUGGAAAACAUGAAUUUGAAGUGGACUUGGGACAUUACUCUGCCUUCAGGAGACCCGCGGUACUGCUACGACUCUCAAAGACUGAUUGCGAAUGCGGAAUGUAUGUUGACGGUCGUCAUUGGCAACUGAAGCGAGAAACUACAAUUGAAAAAGAACUGAGACUGCUCAGGGCCCUGUGAAUAAAGUUCUGUCAAGUUUUGCACUCUUUAACUGAGGUGAAAUUAAGCUGACAGGGAAACAAUGGACGUAUUUGGGGGCGCACCACGCUUCCUGGCAUAUCCCAGGCAAGUUGGUGUGCUAAGCGGUACUGAUGCAGUCCUGAAGUGUCAAAUCGGUGGAGAUCCGAGACCAGCAGUCAUAUGGGAGAGGAACAAUGAGAAGAUCGACCCACAAGGACGAUAUCGUGUCUUUGAGGAUGGAAACGUUUACAAUCUGAUCAUAACCGGCGUUACGAUUGAGGAUAGUGGUCAGUAUAUGUGCAAAGCAAAAAACAGCAUUGGUGAAACAUACGCAGCGGCAACACUGAAGGUGGAAGGCGAGGCACAAGAGCUGGAGUUGAGAGAGGAGAACAAACCACGUUUCCUCAUCAAACCUCUAUCCACUCGAGCAGGUCGAGGAGAAGAUGCUGUCUUCUCCUGUAAGCUAUGGGGAAGCCCACGACCAGAGGUGACCUGGGAAAAGGAUGGCAGAAAACUCAGCGAAAUAUUUGAAAGCACUCACUUCAGCGUGGGUUACCAGGAUGGAGGAUGGUUCCAGCUUAAGAUCUUUAAGACUCGCGCGCCUGACGGAGGGGUAUACACGUGUAAAGCAAGGAAUGAAUUUGGUGAAGCUUUGGCAGGAGCCGUGUUGCUUGUUGAUGCGGGACCUGGACACGAAGAAGACGGAAACCGCAACGGGUACACAAAUGGACACAGAAAAUCUCACCAAGGAAAACAGAGGAUCAGGCAUAUGCCUAAUCAACACAGAGCCGACAUGACAACUAAGUCCACAAGGGUAAAAAUGUUUGCAGUGACAGAAGGGAAACAUGCAAAGUUCCGCUGUUUUGUAACAGGAAAACCCAAACCGGAAAUUAUUUGGAGAAAAGACGGCAGACUGAUACUGUCUGGAAGGCGCUAUUUGUUAUACGAGGAUCGAGAAGGAUACUUUACACUCAAGGUUCUGUACUGUAAGCAGAAGGAUAACGGUGUCUACGUGUGUGCUGCUUCAAACACAGCAGGCCAAACCCUAAGUGCUGUACACCUCUCUGUAAAGGAGCCACCUGUACGGUUCAAGCAGCCCCUUAUUGAUCUGGAGGUAUGGGAGCGGGACUUGGCAGUUCUCGAGUGUGAAGUUCCAGAGGACUCUGUCCCAAUCACUUGGUAUCUGGAGGAUCGACGAUUACAGCCAGGAGCCAAGUAUGGAAUGGAGGAAUGGGGAACAAAACGCAGACUCACAAUCCGCGACAUUGGAGUAGAUGAUGACGGGAUUUACCUUUGCGAAAUGCCUGAUGGUGGACGAAGCAUCGCCGAGGUAGCAGUAAAAGGUCCAAUUAUGCGGAAACUUCCAAGGAAAGUUGACGUUUUGGAAGGAGAGAAUGCCGCCUUUUGUGUUGAAGUGGAAAAAGAAGAGAUGGACAUACACUGGUACAAAGAUGGCGUGGAGCUGCGUGAAACACAUCAGACCAUCUUGAAAUCCUUUGGGCGAACUCACAUUCUGGUUUUUGUCAACACAAUGCCACAAGACUCAGGCUCUGUGACUUUCUUUGUGGGGAGAUCCAAGACUUCCUCACAGCUCAGAGUGAAGGCGGCCAAACAUUGUCCUCCUAGUUGUCCAGUGGGAGUGCAGAUCAAUACAGAGCGUGCAAAUGCAGCGCUUCUUUCAUGGACUCCAGCCCAGGACUCGCGCAAGAACCCUCCUUCCGGUUAUGUACUGGAGCGGCAAGAAGUGGGGACAGGUUCACAGGAGUGGGUACAGUGUCUGACCACUGACUCGGCCACCUCAGUUGAAAUCCUUGGUGAUAGCGUGCCUUGCGAGGCAGAUUAUCGAUUUCGCAUCUGUAGUGUCAACAAAUACGGAAAGAGCAACAAUGUGGAGUUCCCUAAAGCGGUACACUUAGUUCCAGUAGCCAGGAUACAAACCCCUUUACAAGACGCACUUGUUCCAGAAGGACAAGAUGCAGUAUUCACCAUUGAAUUAUCUGCAUCUGUUAUUGGCUCGUGGUUUUUAAAUGGCACGCAACUUCAAGAUGACGAGCGAUUUUCCAUGCGUCGCUCGAGAACACACCAGUCUCUUCGAAUCCAAGGGGUUCGAGACAAGGAAAAUGGAGCGGAAAUAACAUUUGUUGCAUACGGCAUACGGGAUUCAGCUGCGUUGUACAUUCAGGCUCCUCUCGUCAAGUUUUCAAUAAUGUCAGAAAUGGACCGAAACAAAUUUGUUGAAAUUGGGAACCCCAUCGUACUCUACUGCGAGCUCUCAGACCCUGCGGCUCCAGUGCACUGGUACAAGAACGGGAUGGAAUUACAGACAACAGAUGGUCUUCACAUCCAGUCAGAGGGUACCAUGAGGAGGAUUGUCAUCCAGUCAGCAGAGUUCUCACAUUCAGGAGUGUACUGCUGCGACGCCAUUGAUGAUGUCAUAAGGUUCAAUGUGGAAGUUGAGGCCCCAUCUGUGAGGUUUUCAGCUAUUCCUGAAGCAGCAAGGAUCAAAACUGUCCAUGCAGGCUCUCCUAUUCUGUUACGUUGCGAGCUAUCAGAUCGCGAUGCCCAGGUGCACUGGUACAAAGACGGCUCAAAGCUCUUCCCUCAAAGUGGAGUAAAUAUUCAAGCGGAUGGACUUGUGAGGAAGUUGGUUAUCCCUUCAGCUGAUUUUUAUCACUCUGGCUUAUACAGCUGCAAGACGAAGGGUGAUGCUGUCACGUUUAAUGUGAAUAUCAAAGCUCCACCUGUGAAGUUCUACCCACUUUCUGAAGAAAUGAGGACCAAGUCGAUUGAAGCAGGGAGUCCUUUGGCACUCCGGUGUGUGGUUUCUGAUCCCGACGCCAAUGUUUGCUGGUAUAAGGAUGGAAUACAGCUUGUUUCAGAUUCUGAGUUAGCAAUCCAGAUGGACGGAACCACAAGGACUUUAGUUAUUCAGUCGGCAGAGCUGCUUCACUCUGGUGUGUACCGAUGUACAACAAAAGAUGACACCAUGGACUUUCAAGUCGAGAUAAAAGCUAAACCUGUGAUGCCCUGCAAUAACUCCGAAGUUAAGAGAGCCAAGUCCUUUGAAAUGGGCGAACCUUUGGUUCUGGAAUGUGAGGUUGCAGACUCCACAUUACCUGCACAAUGGUAUAAAGAUGGUGUAAAGCUCUUCCCACACAAAGAGCAGGACAUACAGAGUAAUGGCACACUGAGGCGACUCAUUGUCCCUUCUGCCGAGCUUGUGCAUGCCGGGCAAUACAACUGUGAAACAUCAGAUGAGACCAUCCACUUCACUGUGGAUAUGAAAGCUCCUUCUGCGCUGUCAUCACCCUCGCCUUUGAAGUUUGUGGAGAAGUAUUCCCUUGAGACACCCUGCUCCUUCGAAACACCACGUGAAAUUUCAGACCCUGAGAGUCCUUGUCCACUUAAGCCAGAGGGGUCACUGAAAAAAGCUAAAGCUACAGUAUCAAAUUCCGGACGACACUAUGGAAAGGAAGACAUAAAGAAGACUCUUAUCAUUGAACCAAGUCAUCCAUCAAAUUCUGGAGCUUACUACUGUGCAACAGCAGAUGAUGUUGCUCCAUUAGUUGUAAACACUCAAGUGCCAGCUGUGACAUAUGGUCCAGAUGUUGAGAGGGCCAAUUCCGCUGAAGAGCGCUGCCCAAUUGUGCAACAAUUUGAGAUUUCAGACCCUGUUGCCAAAGCUUGUUGGUACAAAGAUGGAACUCCACUCUACCCCAAAAUGGAAACUGUUCUUGAACCCGAGAGCAGCACACAAACAUUUCCUUCUCCAGUCACAUUUGACCUUUGUGGUGUUGCGAGUUUUAGCUGUGAAACAUCUGCAGACACAAAGUUUAAUGUGGACUUAAAAGCCGAGCAGUGUCACUAUGCUGGUGAGAUUGGUGAGGUUUCUGAUGCAUCUGCCCAAAUCACUGCGGAUGUCAAAGCUACACUGCCAAGGUUUGCCACUGAACAAGAGAAGAUCAACUUGACAGAUCCCAUGUGCAUUCCCUCAAAGCCCAAGUCUGUCAACUCCAGCGAUGAGAACAGAGAUACUCUGAUAUACGAAGAACAUUCCAUGUGCAAAACCACUCCUCAGUCAACCAAUGAAGAUAUAAUUGAUGGGAUUUUAUCUAAAGACAAAAGCCAAGUCAACGAUCAACAAAAACACUCAACUGUUAAAUCUCCAUUUGACUGCAACCUAGUAAAGCCAUCAAUAAUGAAACUUGACCAUCAUAGUACAUAUAACGAAUCUCAAGGUGAGGAAUUGUUUUUCCAUAUAAAGAAGGCAGAAGACCCAGAAGUUUCUGAACAGUUUAUUACUUCCUUGCAGACAGCAGUCCCAUCAGAACUUUGUAAUUCCCAGAGGAGUACAAAAAAAGAAUCACAAGAAACUAAUGUCAAGACAGUUUCUGCCCAGUUAGAAGGGCGCUGUAGCUCUAAACCCAGUGCUCUCCUGUCAGACCUAGAUAACCACAUAAAGACUUCUACACCCCAGUCAAGGAACUUAACAAACAAUAUAGAGACUGCAUCUGCGCAAUUAGACAGUUUAUGCGACUCUGUAAAAAGUCUCCACACAGAGAAGCCUUUUAGACUAUUACAGUCUACAAAAGUCCAAGAAGAGAAGGCCUGCAAUUCCACAGAGAGUCCAGACUUCCUGACAAAUAAUCUUCUUAAUUGCAUCCAGACUAAACUACUCAGUUCAGGGGUCCGCGGUAAUUCUUUACAGACUGAUAUUCACCAAUCAGAGUUGAUUUCAACUGCUUUCUCAGCACAAAACGAAAUGCUUGCCACACCAUCUUGUGUAUCAAUGAAACUAUAUGAAGCUUCACACCCAGAAAUUGUCCACUCAAAGGGAAAUUCUAACUUCCAUUCUCCAUUGGUUGGACCGGAUGAUGUCUGUCAAAGAGAACAGUCUGUGAUAACCCAGCAGUUUCAGUCCAUGCUGGAAACAACAGUACUGGAGGCUUGUCACCACAAUACCGAGGCUGCAAAGGACCAAGUGCACAUAACAGAGAACUCUGGACAAGGAUCGUCAAUGCGGGUUUCAGGUUCGACUUGUUUCAAGCAGCCAUCAAGUGACCAAUCAGAAGAAAGGUAUCGGUCAAGGACAUGUGGCAGUCACAGCAAUGUCACUGCAAUUAAGGUGGCUGUUGAAGGUGAUUUAAACGCUCCACCUGUGACAAUUGCAACACCAUGUCAGACUGAGAGGAUCGAGUCUGUGGAAGUGGAUGAGCCUGUGGCACAACCUGUAGUGCUACCACAUUUACUAGCAACUCCAGAUGAGGUAGUCACUCAGUACAAGGAUGGAAUACAACUACAUGACGAGGCUGGCCAAGAUACGACAGUGGACAGUUCUAUAAGAGCUUUGCCUUCUGCUAAACUGUCUGAUGCGGGGGGUUACAGCUGUGAGACAACAGAUGAGGCUAAACCAUUUCAACUGGAUGUUGAAGUUCCUCUUCAGACAUUCUCAGCUAUAACAGAGACUGAGCAAAAACAGACAGUCACGGCAGGCUGUCCUGUUGCUCUGCAGUGCGAGCUGUCAGAACCAAGUGGACAAGUCACGUGGUACAAAGACGGAACAAGGCUCCCACCUCAAACUGGAAUAGACAUCCAUUCAACGGAUAAUUUGAGAUCUUUAGUUAUUCCUUCUACCAAGGAGGCUCAUUCUGGCGUAUACCGUUGUGAGUCGAAGGACAACGACAUCCAGUUCACUGUGGAAGUAAAAGCCCUUCCCGCAAAGUUCUUGGAGCUUCAAGAGGCUGACAGGAACAAGUCCAUCCAACAAGGCUGUGCUAUCGUUCUCAGCUGUGAACUCUCUCAGGAAUCUGCAGUUGACUGGUACAAGGAUGGUGUCAAACUACAGCAACAAAGCAAUUUGGAGUUGCAAAAAGAGGGUCGAAAAAGAACACUUUUUAUACCUUCAGCUGAAACCACACAUAGUGGCAUGUUUGAAUGUGCAACGGCCGAUGACGCUGUCACAUUUAAAGUGGAUGUAAAAGGCCGAUUGCCACAUAUUACACCAGUCCCGGAAUCAGAAAAACACAAGAUGAUUGCAGCUGGUUCUCCGAUUAUUCUCCAGUGCGAGGUAUCGGAUCGAGUCGCCCAGGUUUCCUGGUUUAAAGAUGAGGUUGAUCUCUUUUGCAAAACUGGCCUCGACAUGAAAAGAGAUGGCAGCCUCAGAAAAUUAAUAAUUCACUCUGCUAAAACAUCAGACUCGGGGCUUUACGGCUGUAAACUUGCUGAAGAUGUCGUUACAUUCCAUGUAGACGUCCAAGCUGCUCCUGUAAAGUUUGCAGCAAUUCCAGAUGAAGAAAGGAACAAAUUGGUAGAAACAGGCUGCCCAGUUAAGAUGCAGUGUGAAGUCUCAGAGCCAACUGCCCAAGUCCAGUGGCAGAAGGACGGUGGGCAGCUGCUUCCAAAAACUGAUUUUGAAAUCCAAAAUGAAGAGACAUUGAGAGCGUUGGUUAUUAAAGCUGCAGAAGUCAGACACUCUGGGGUGUACAGCUGUGAUUCUGCAGAUGACCACAUAGAAUUCAAGGUGGAUGUUGCAGCUGUUCCAGAAGUUACAGCCAAGCAGGCGGCUCAAGCAGGCGAUAAAGAAAAAAUGCAGUGCAAGGGCUCAGACUCCACAGGCCUCCCUGGCUUGCAUGAGGACGGAAUAAAACACUUUCCGCAAUCAGCAACACAGAUCGAUUCAGAAGGCCACAGAAGGACACCUGAACUGGAUUCAGCAGUGUCCGUACUCCCAGUCUCUGGGGAGUAUGGUUGUAAAAGCGAUGAUGAUUCAGAGUCCAACGAUUGCUAUGCGGAGGUGAAAGCCCCGCCGAUAACGUUUGCCGACAUCUUAGAAGAGGAGCUUUUUAAAAGCGUGGUGGAGAAAUCACAGCUCAGGCUGUCGUGCGAAGUGUCGAGAGACGACGCAGUUGUCCAGUGGUACAAGGACGGAGCUGAAAUCCAACCUAGCGCCAAUAUUACAAUACAAGCUGAAGCGACAAUGAGACAUCUCGCAAUUGAGUCUGCCCAGUUGGUUGAUUCGGGCAUAUAUACAUGCCGCGCAGGAGACAACGCUGUAGUGUUCAAGGUCAACAUUCGAGAACCUCCGGUGAUGAUCGUAUUCCCCAAGGAGGAUGUCCACCUUGACCGUCAUGUCCCUGAUGAAAUUAUUCUCAGCUGUGAACUGUCCCGUCCAAAUGGAGUGGUGAGCUGGUACAAAGAUGGCCAGAAACUCCAGAAAAGCGAGAACAUCAAACUCAAAGUAGAAGGCCCUUAUCGACGACUGAAGAUUCUGAAAAGUGGUGUUGAGGAUUCUGGAGAAUAUGUUUGUGAUACAGCUGACGAUUCAAUAUUCUUUAACCUCACUAUUACAGAACCUCCAGUGCGGAUUGUAUCCCCAAGUCAGUCGCAAAUGGAACUGUGCCAGCAAACGUCAGAGAGGAUGGUACUGAGCUGUGAGAUUUCACGGCCAAAUGCGGUGGUCCGUUGGUACCGAGAUGGACUCGAGGUAGAGGAGAGCGACAAUCUCAUUCUCGAAGUAGAUGGAGUCUACAGACGACUCAUCAUACCUGAAACCACAGUUAAAGAUUCCGCUGAAUAUGUUUGUGACACUACAGAUGAGUCCAUGACAUUCUUUGUAAAUAUAGCUGAGCCUCCUGUUCGUUUUGUCCGUCGACGAAAGACUGUCAACAUACUCGAAAAAAUUGUUAAUGAAACCUUGGUUCUGGACUGUGAGGUGUCAAGGCCAAAUGCUGUGGUUUUCUGGAAGAGAAACGGAGAAGAAGUAGAAGACUCCAAAAAUGUCACCAUUGUUGAAGAUGGCGUAGCUCGUCAAUUAACCGUUCAUUCACUGGCUUUAGCAGAUGCGGGAUUAUAUAUCUGUGAUGCAAAAGAUGAUGUGAUGGAUUUUCAUGUUAAAGUGAAAGAUGUGCCUGUACAAAUUAUUGGGAAAACCAAUGCCAAAACAGAAAAGCAAUUCCUAGUGUCUGAUGACAUUAUUCUAGUGUGUGAACUGUCCAGACCAAACGCAGCUGUCAAUUGGUAUAAAGACAAUCAACCGAUAGAUAACACUGAACGGUACUGCAGUGAAGAGCAGGGUGUUUUCCGAUCAUUGGUUGUCCUCAGUGCUUCACUCGAGGAUUCAGGGGAAUACUCUUGUGAUGCUGGGGAUGAUAAGAUGGUAUUCCAUAUCACAGUUGCAGAGCCUCCAGUCAGGAUUGUUGGAAAUUCUGGACAUCCGGAGCAUCACAUUUUACUAACAGGAGAAGAACUUAUUUUAGAGUGUGAGGUGUCCAGGUCAAAUGCUACCGUUCAGUGGCUCUGGAAUGGUGACAUACUCAAACCAGACACCCGCGUUAAAAUCUACAGCCAUGACGUUAUGAGGAAGCUUGUUCUUUCUGGACUUCAAUUGUCAGACUCUGGAAAAUAUGUUUGUGAUGCCGGAGAUGACAAGCUGAUCACAAUUGUUGAAGUGCAGGAGCUACCGGUCAAGUUUUUGAAUAAAAAAGCGACCAAUAAAAUCUUAGCCUAUGAAAAUGAGAGUGCAACACUGUGUGCUAUCGUGAGCCGAGACAAAGCUAAUGUACGCUGGCUGAAAGACGGCCAACUACUGAACAAGGACAACAUUCACAUCUCCAGCGAGGGUAAUACCCACAAGCUCACCAUUAAUCCCCUGCAGCUGUCAGAUUCUGGAGACUAUGUCUGUGAUGCAAACACAGAUGAUAUGCACUUCAGUCUUUUUGUCAAAGAAAUGAAAGUGAAAUUCAUCCGGCGACUGGAGAACAUGGUGUCUCUGAAGGGCAAAAGCCUCACGUUACGAUGUGAGAUCAAUAAACCAAAAGGAGAUGUCCAGUGGGUGAAAGACGGCCUAGAAAUCUCGCCAAGUCGUCGUCACAGAAUAAGGGCGCAGGGUCGUGAGAGAAGUUUUACGAUCUUUGACGUACUUGAAGAGGACGCAGGCGAAUAUGCAUGUGAAAGCACAGAUGACAGAACCUCAGCAACUCUCACUGUCAACACCCCCCGUGUUGUGGAGUUCAUUGCGGAACUCCGUAACAUCACGGUUUGUGAAGGGGAAGACGCAGUAUUUAAGUGUGUGGUCUCACCAGCGGAUGCUCAGUUCAUGUGGCGCCUGAAUGGCAAACAGGUAGCACUGAAUGAGCGCACUGUUGUUUCCAGCAGUGGACUCUGCCACAUGCUUUGUAUCCGCAACUGCAUGGUUUCAGAUAGCGGCAUAGUGACAGCUGAUGCCGAGGGAUUGAUAUCAAAGUGUGAACUCCAGGUUCAAGAAAGGCAGGUCGUUUUCACCAAGAAGAUGUUGCCAGUUACAGCUGAGGAACUCGGAGAAGCGACCCUCGAGGUCGAGGUGAGCCUCCAAUCGAAGGAAGUGCAGUGGAUGAGGCAAGGGGUACUGAUACACCCCGGGGCCAAGUACACCCUGAAACAGAAGGGCCCCAAACACAGCCUCACAAUUCACAAAUUGGCCAUGUCCGAUCGCGGUACCUACAGCUGUGAAACCCUCCAUGACUGCACGCAAGCCCAACUCACAGUGGAACCUCGAAAAAUCACAAUCAAGAAAGGUCUGUCAGACAUAAAAACCAUGGAUCGAGAGACGGCCACUUUUGAAGUCGAACUCUCCCAUCCCAAUGUCUCCGGCACCUGGUGGAAAAAUGGAAACCAGCUUAAACUGACGAGUCACUUCCGCAUGACGGCCAAGGCAAACGUCCACAGCUUGACUAUUUCAAACCUCUCGGUAGAAGACACGGCCACCUACAUGUUCUGUGUGGAGAAGCUGAAAACAUCUGCGAGGCUGGUUGUCAAGGAACCUCCGGUGACAAUUUUUCGAAAAUUAGAGGACCAGAAAUUCCCCGAGGGAUCAGUCAUCUCUAUUGAGUGUGAACUGUCAAGGCACAAUGUGGAUGUUAAAUGGAUGAAGAAUGGCAGUGAGGUAAAGCCUGGCAAAAAUGUACGCAUUCACGCCAUUGGAAGGAAACGGUUCCUUCAGAUCACCAAAUGUAUUGUCAGUGACUCGGGCAUGUACACUUGCGAUGCCGGAGACGUGGCUACAAGCGGCACUGUGGAAGUCUAUGAACGGGAGCUGCUGGUCAUACAAGGCCUGGAGGAUUUAAACAUCGCGGAAGAUCAGAACGCCGUAUUUGUUUGUGAGAUCUCAGUGGAGGACGUGCCAGGAGAAUGGUACAAAAAUGGGGCGAUGAUUCAUCCGACCAGUACCAUCAAGACCAGACAGGAAGGGACCAAACACUUUCUUCUCAUGUGCAAUGUACGACCAGAGGACUCUGGUGAGAUCAAAUUUGUUGCCAGACAUUUAACCUCUGUUGCUAAACUGCAGGUGAAAGAAAUUCCCCUGAGCAUCGUUAAACCUCUGCAGGACAAGACGGCACUGGAGAAGACCCGCGUGAUGUUAGACUGCACUGUGUCCAACCCGCGAUGCAGCAUCCGCUGGUACAAAGGCAGCAACGUCAUCCUGCCUUCAGAACGUUUUGAGAUCAGCAGCGAGGGUUGCUACCGCAAGCUGAUCAUCCAGCAGGUGGUGCUCGACGAUGCGGGCACCUACAGCAUGCAGGUCGGGCAGUACACGUGCUCGGCAAAACUGACCGUGGAGGCUCAGACUGUGCUGAUGGUCCGAGAGCUGCAAGACGUGGAGGUCACGGCACCCGGUGAAGCCUGCUUGGAAUGCGAAGUGUCUGUGCCUGUUCAGAAGCGGCCAACCUGGAGCCUGAACGGGGAAACUCUACACCCGUCGGCUCAGGUGCGCUUGGAGAAGCUGGGCACGGUCCACAAGCUGAUCCUCAGGCAAACCUCCACUGGUAUGAGCGGAGUUGUGUGCUUCGCUUGCGGAAAAGCCAAGAGCUCAGCUCAACUGCGAGUGUUGAGUAACCCUUGAAAGAUUUUGGCUGUCGUCAACCUUCAGACUUAUAUUUGUCACACUACUGACAUUGUACGAGUGGUAAAUGGCUCAGGUACAGUGCCAUGCAUUUUAAAGGGUAUGUAGUGCCCUGGGAAAUUUUUAAUAUUCCAUCAUUUAUCCAUAAACGCAUGCCUUUUGUAUUCAUAUCAUACCACUUCGUGUAAUUACACACAAGAAAAUGAGAGAAAUUUGGCUCGAUUGUCAAGCUAAAACGACCGGUGCCCGAGAUCUGGCAGAUUGUGUGCGUGACGUCACGACAAGUGAAGAGAGUGCCACCGGCCACUAGGGGGGCAGCGCCUGUCUGCAUCAAUAUAAUUCCUUCUAGUGAGGGGAGAAUUAGGGGUGUUUUGAGCUGUUUAUGCUGAUGCAUUGUGUUCGUCCUGCACAGAUUCCAGGUUCCCUCAUGAAGAAGCACCCCUCGUUGUCAAUAAAAGAGAAUUCAGAAUUGACAGUGAGGGGUGUUUCGUCAACAAGAAAAAGGCUCAGUGCUUUAAUACUGAAUGGCGGCGAUGAUGGCAGACAAUUUCGUUUCUAGUUUCAGCGACGAAUCCGACGUAGAAGGACGUAACGAAUGUUCAUCUAAUGGUGACGAGGAGAGUUACGAGGCUUUAAUCGGUGUUUUAGGUUACCAAUUUGAGCCCAAACGAACGCCAAUGCAGCGUAAUGAAACGGUUAUUGAGGGGAGCAAUGACACUGAUGAAACAUCGGCAGCAGAUCGUGUGGGAAACACCAAUGAUUUUUUUGCAUUUCUUUUUGUGAAGCUGAUACACCGUGACUGCAAAAUAAAGGAAUGCAUAGAAUAAUUAUCAUUUAUUGCGCUAUCAUAGCUUUUCGCUCUGCCAACAGACACAAAUAUGAAUGGGAUCAGAGGAUCUGCUCUAUGUAUUUUACGAACAAUAAUUUAUACAUGUGUCCAGUCCUGUAUCCAAUGUGUGACAUUUUUUUAUUAUAAAAGAGUACUCACUCUGGCCAUUUCGAGCUUGGCUGCUCCCCUCCUUUGCUUAGCUUUAGCCUCCUUUACCAGUCAUCGUCCUCUUUCUUUAUAUCUCGGGACAUUUAGGUGGCUGCGCCUGUAUGGUCGGCACCGCAUCUCCUUUGAGCAGCAAUCUUUUAGCAAAACCCGAUUUCACUUGUCCAUAGUUCGAGAAGCUUUCAGGUGGAAAAUGCGCACCACAGAAAAGCGUGCUGGAGGCUGUGUCUAGAAAAUUAGCCCUCUUUGCACGGACGAACUUUACCCAUUGUCUGUGUAGUCCUGCUUUUUUUUUUCGCAUUCAGGAACUCAUGGAUACUAUAUUCCGAUAAAUAACUAUUUGUACGCCACAUAGCACAGCAGUGAUGAACCAUUUUUGUGAUGUUUUGGUCAAACAAACCCCAACGCUACUCUCUCGUCGUUAAAAAAACAAUGGCCCCUGGCUCCGCCUCGACUGUCAAUCACUUGUCGUGACGUCUCCGCCCCAUUCGGCUGUUUCCGGAACACUUUCGGAAAUGUUCGUCAUUUUUGAUCUAUUUUCGAUAAUUGCUCAUUAAUGUGAUUGAUUUUUUUGUUAACUUUAUCAAUAUUUGUUAUCUUGGCACAUAACGGUUCUAUUGAUGUCUCACACCCCCUUUGCCGCUACAUACCCUUUAAGUGUGUGAUUGCCUUUUAGAAACAAAAAUUCCGACUUGGUAUAUACUACUUACAUUUAGUUUGUCAGUUCGUCUUCUUUUGAACUUCCAGUAAGUAACACUCUGAAAUCACUUGGCAAUGUAAUGUAAAUAAUAUUGUGUGUGAACAUUUAAAAUGUUAUGAUUUCAAUAAAUU